CAAACAGUCCGAUCCAGCCUCAUGUUGUCUGCUGCUGCUUGAAGAAGUUGUGCAACCAGUUUAACCACCACCGGAGUUGGUGAGAGUAGAGAAAUACUUAAACGUCACAUGAGAUUUCCCGGAACUCUGACUUUCUGCGGUAUUUCUUACUGAUAGUUUAAUUUUGGUGUAACGAGUAAAGUCCUGCACCGACGACGAGCUGGACUGAAACCGGAAACUUCACACCUAAUGUCGAAGCUGAGCUGGUGCUGAGUGUCAUUAUGAGAUGUCGUCUCCAAGCCCCUCUUUCGUACAAAUCAGGUUCGAUGACAUCCACUUCUACGAGAACUGUGGCGGCGGCAGCUUCGGAAGUGUCUACCGAGCCAGGUGGAUCUCCAAGGACAAAGAGGUGGCUGUGAAGAAAUUGCUCAAGAUCGAAAACGAGGCAGAAAUCCUCAGUGUCCUCAGCCACCGUAACAUCAUCCAGUUUUAUGGCGCCGUUGUUGAAGCUCCCAACUAUGGCAUUGUCACUGAGUAUGCGAGUGGUGGGUCGUUGUACGAUUACCUCUCCAGCGAUGAGAGUGAGGAAAUGGACAUGGGGCAGAUCAUGACAUGGGCUGCAGAGAUGGCCAGAGGAAUGCACUAUUUACAUUCAGAGGCUCCUGUUAAGGUCAUCCACAGAGACCUAAAGUCCAGGAAUGUCGUUUUGGCAGCGGACAAAGUUCUCAAGAUCUGUGAUUUUGGGGCAUCCAAGUUCCUGACCCACACAACACACAUGUCCUUAGUGGGCACAUUUCCCUGGAUGGCUCCGGAGGUGAUCCAGAGCCUGCCUGUUUCUGAGACAUGUGACACUUUCUCCUACGGUGUGGUGCUGUGGGAAAUGCUAACCCGUGAGAUACCUUUCAAAGGCCUGGAAGGUUUACAAGUGGCCUGGCUCGUGGUGGAAAAAAAUGAGAGGUUAACUAUCCCGAGUGGCUGUCCUGCCAGCUUCGCUGAACUCAUGAGGAACUGCUGGGCAACAGAGCCAAAAGGAAGGCCAAUGUUCAAGGAGAUCCUCUCCACUUUGGAGUCCAUGUCUAACGACAGCCAACUUCCUCAACAGUGCAACUCUUUUCUUCACAACAAGGCUGAAUGGAGGAUUGAGAUCGAGGCCACACUCGAGAGACUGAAGAAGCUGGAGAGAGACCUGAGCACCAAAGAGCAGGAGCUGAAAGAGCGAGAGCGCCGUCUGAAGAUGUGGGAGCGCAAACUUGUGGAACAAUCCAACAGCCCGUUGCUGCCCACCCUUGAUAUCUACACAUGGACUGAGGAACAUGUGUAUUUCUGGAUGCAGCAGAUAUUUGGUGCAGGGGAGGGCACGUGUGGCAUGCACUUGUACGCUGACCUGUUUAAAGAAAACCACAUCACAGGAAAGAGGCUGCUGUUGCUCACAGAAAACGACAUGCGGGACAUGGGUGUCAAGUCCAAAGGUCACGUAAUGCACCUAAAGGCUGAAAUUGAAAAGUUAACCCAUGACUACCUCGGGUUCGUUCACUUCCCUCCACUUUUAAAGGAUGAGCUGGAAAAGGAAGUGGAGAGGUUGAAAACUGUCAAUCUGGAGCUGGUGUUUGGAUACCACUGGAAACCAGGAAUUGGGGAAUCUGACUGCAAAUGGAAAAUGUACUUGGAGCUGGAUGGAGAUGAUGUCGCGGUUACCUACAUCAGAGAUGUUGUCUUCAGUGCCAACCGACAGGAUGUGGAAAUCCUGCGGAUGACGAAGCCUCCUUUUGUAAUGGACAAAUGGAUCAUUGGAAUGGCACAGAACCAGCGGGUUGACUACACAGUUAAUUAUGAGGAUGAUGUCAAGUCACCAAAGACCACUAGACACAGCUCUACGAUGAAUUGGAGUCUUGUAGGGGGGCAGGAUGAGAUCAAGACUGUGGAGCUGCUCAUCGAAACAGCACCAGCUAACAUUGACUGGAACCCCAGAGACCGAGCCAACAGUGAUAUUGAUCCAAAAUGGAUGCACAGUGUAAGGAUGAAGCAGAUGAUGACCCAGAAAUCCCAGCCAGCAACUGUUCCCCUGGCUUCCGAGGCCCGCACUCUGCCUCAGUUCUUGUCUGCACACGAGAGCCAGGUCUGUUCUUACGCCGGAGCUGUGCGUCGCUCUCCAAACCGCGCCCAUAGAUCACCCUGGAUCGACUCACGCAGCUCCUCACCAACCACAAGCCUCUCCGCCAAACUCUCCCCGCUCCACCUGGGGUCAAAGGGCAGCAGCCCGUCCAGCACUACAUCAGAGAGCACCUCAGAGAGAGAAAGAGAGCGCCCCAAGAGUGCUGGGGCGGUGCACAACCACAACAGAAACCCCUAUUUUGGCAACACAUUAACUGUGGGAGGGGGGCAGGGAAGGGGGCAAGCAUGGACCAAUACAAGAGGUCAUUAUAUUCAUAAUAAAACCAGCAAAACGCCACGGCCGGCAGGAAGGCCGCGUUCCAACAGUUACAGUGUCAUGCCACAGAACCGCCCCUCCGCGAUACCAGGUAUACUGUCUGUGACAGAAAGCCCCAGUGAGGAAAAAGAGGGGGGCAAAGCCAGUGAUGGGGGGUGGAUCAAAGUGGAGCGACAGAAAAGAUUACCCCGUCAGGACAAUAAACAAGUCAGAGGUCGACUGAGGAGAGGGGGCAGGGGGGGGCGUGGUGCCGGAGGAAGAUCUUAAUGUGGGCUGGUCUAAACAUGUAAUGUACUGAAAGGUACUUCAGAUAAAAUAUGUGUAUUAACAUGCUUAUAAAUGAACUGCGUGUUGUAAAAGAAUCACACUGAUGCCUAAGAUGUAUAUAUGUUUGACCUAGGUUUUAUUUUUUAAAGCUCGCUGGUGUACUACUGUUAGAAAUUACUGUUUGUAGACCUAUUAGGAUUAUCAUGAUUAUUAUUAUUAUUAUUAUUAUUAUAAGAAAAAGAAUAAUAACUGUAUUUUUUUCUUCUUUUUUUUUAAUAAAUACGUUUUUACACCCUGGUUGCAGAUUGGAUAA